AUGGAAGAAUUCGAAAAAUGUCCAGUCCUACGACAUCGAAUAAAUCUUUUACAAGGAGCUGAAGCAUGGCAGUCCACUACAUAUUUAGAUGGAGGUGAAAAGCAUAUGAUCGCAGACAAGGCUAUAGACGGAAAGGUAGAAGGCAUACACAACUGUGCCCACACUUAUAAUGGUUUCUCAUACUGGGCUGUUGAGUUUGGAACUCCGGGUCCUGUAAAAUCAGUACAAAUAAUGUUACGAAGAGACUGUUGUUAUGAAAGACAUACAAAUUUCACAGUGACCGUUGCUUACAGUCGUGAUGAUGUCAUAAAUGAUGCGGGAACAAAAUGUGGAUCAUACUUUGGUCCUGCUAUAGACAAGGAACCUUUUAGCAUAACAAUCAAUUGUACAAAUACAAUCUUCGGAAAGUUUCUAAAAAUCAAGCAUGAAUCUACAGAAAUGAUGGCGUUAUGUGAGGUCUACGUUAAUACACCUUAAAUGUUUAAAACAUACUGUGCACAACUUCACGAACUUCAAACAAAUUUAUACUUUGUUAGAUAGGGAAAACGAAAUUCUUUAAAAUGCACAAAAACGAGACAUUGAAAAGGUUUGAUUGAUCUUGUUCGCUAAUGGCAUUCUUCUCCACAAUCAAUCAUUAAUAAUAUGAUAAACCUGACCCUAAUAAACAUCCUAGUACAGAAAACUUUGUGAUUUAAUUGAAGACUCAUUAAUACCGAAUAAAGUUUUCUUUACUAUUUGUAUUAUUUCCAACGUUGUUAUGCCCAAAAAAUCGCACCGUCUGUCUGUCCGUCUGUGCGUCCCCACUUUAUUCGUGUCUGGACUGUAACUUUGUUAUACAUUGAGGGAUUUUAAAAUAACUUGGCACAAACCACAUCAAGAUGACGUGUUGUGUGUAAGACCCAUGUCCCUACCACCAAGGUCAAUGUUACUCUAAUAGUUUGAAGGUACUUAUGCUCAAAAGAAGAGUUUGAAUGUACACAUUAGUUUCUAAACUGUAACAUUGUCAUGUUUUGAAGGAUUUUAAAAUAAAUGUGGCUAAAUGUCUACCACAUCAAGAUGAUAUGUCGCAUCCAAGACCCUUGUCCUAAGGUAUAAAGUUUGCUAUAAAUAGCACUUCAUUUCACAAGAACAAUAUUAAGCAAAUAGUUAUUUUCAUUUUCAUUUCUUUUAAUAAUACCUGCUUAAGAAACCUUUUUGGGGGUAUUCGUCACAUGCAUGACAGCUCUUGAUUAUAUCAUUAUUGUUAUAAUUAUCAUUUAAUUUAUUAUUAUUAUUAUUAUUAUUAUUAUUAUUAUUAUUAUUAUUUAUGUUAUUUUACGGUUUCCGACUUUCUUUAGCUUUUUUGCUUAAAUGUUUAAUGUUUUGCUUCUUAAUUGACAAAAUUAUUUCUUAUUUAACACUUUUUUCUUCAUCUGAUUUAAUCUGUUAUUAAUCCAUAAUCAAAAUAUUAUAAAACACAAAUUUGCCUUUUUAUAGAGGAAAAAUAUUCUUAUUUCAGAGUAAAAACAAGAUGUUAUAUUUUGAUGUUAUUAUACAUUGUUGAGUUCAAUACUGCUUUUUAUUGCACGAGUAUAUAGAUGUCAAACAUAUAUUGGAGCAGGCUCUAGUCUCUGAUAUAGAUUUUGCAGCUAUGUACGAGUCUAAUAAAAUCUGUAUUGUUGUCAGAAAUAUAUAAUAACCACUUUAUUUGACAUCAUCAUUUUUUUGACAUUUUAAUAGAACUUUACUUCAUAAGUGUGACAAAGUGUCUACAGAAUCAAUGUGAACUUUGUUUUAUCAUGCCGCCAAACUUUAUUCUAUUUUGAUUUUCAGCCCUUAAUUUUUAAGACAUUAUUAUAUAACUCGUGCAGUGAUAGAUAUCAUUUCUUGAUAUCAACAAAUUUCAGUUCCUCUUAUGUAAUGUGAUGCAAAUUAAGUUCAUUCAAUGAAGUCAUGCAAUACCAAUAUUAUUCUAUAAUGAUAUUCAAACGUAUGAUAUAAAUUAGUGUGUUUUCUUACAUAUUUAAUUGUAUCUUUUUUGUUACUCUGAUGCUUUAAUGUUAAUAUAUUGUAAUGUCGUUUUUCUUUCAUGGUCCUUGUAAAAAUAAAAACAGAAACUGUCGCGAUGUUUAUUGAUAUUUUUUGGUAAUGGCGAAGUAUUCACAUCUAGCUUCUUUCAUAUGACUUGAUACUAAACGUUUGUGUCAGCAAAGCAAUACAUUCACAUGAUAAUUAGUAUUUUGAUGAAAUUGAAAGGUGCAAAAAUAUCAUGUUCUAUGUAAGAUUUUGUACGACAAAGUGAUUUGUGUCAGUUUUAUAUCAUUGUUCGAUAGCCUUAGUUUUUAAAAGUCAAAAUUUA